GUCUGCUUGAUGGACUUCACUCGGUCCGUGACAUCCGUGCGAUAUGUUGCUGCCAGUCUUCCUCGUGUUGUUUGCAUGUGCCCGUGCCAAGGACCUCCUGGAGCCGAAAUUCCAGGUGCUCACUCCCGACGAGCUCAUGGUCGAAGUGCCUCAUUACGAGGACAAGAAAUUGGUGACUUUCCGGAUCGGAGUGAGGCGGGCGGGUCAGGAUGAAGACGAUCUGGAGUUGGGUGAAAAUGACAUCGACAACAAUAGAGUUUUUAUUUAUGAUCAGAGGCUGAAGUUGAAGGAGGGAGACGUCGUGAAUUAUUUACUCGCCUUUAGAGAUAAAGGGGGUUAUCGGGCGCUGAGCGGGAAUUACUACUUUAAUGGAGUGUACUUCAAGAAGCGGUUCCGCCGCCACCGCUUCCGUCGCGACGCCCAGGACGCCACCACCACCGAAAAAUCGCAAGACAACGUCGACGAAACCGAGGAGUUCGACCCGGUGGCGCCGCGCUUCGGGGGCGGCUUCGGCCACCACCACGGCCACAAUUUCCCCAACCAUCACCACCAUCAUCCGCAUGGGUUUAAUCCGUGGGGCGGCGGACCCAGGCAGCCGUACCCGGGUUUCCCGCAGGGAGGGCCGCCGCCGUUUGGGCCGCCCCCGAAUUCCGGGAACGACUGCAAUGAUCACAGGCAUGAUAUGUGUCACGGGAGGGAUGUGGAGAGGUGGAGGAGCAGCACGGCGGCCCCGGCUACCUUAGAUGUGGAGUACUACUGCCGGAUUUGCGAUAAUAAUCGGUUGCUAAGGAGGCCGGAUGUUACGACACGGAGGACCACAACGACGGAUGAGAGCUCGCCGGAAAUUGAUAUCAGGUUUUCUGAUUAGUCUUGUGGUGGAGAGGUGUGUUAUUUAUGGUGUAUACGAAGUUUUUAAUAAAUGUAAGAUUGAA